GUCCCAGCGCCCGGGCCGCGGAGCCAGCGCGGAGGAUGGGAGCAGAAUGGAACUGUCCCCGCUCCGUGCGAUCGGGGCACAGUAUGAAACGCACAGCACCAGAAAUCAGAUAAAGACCAUCAGCACAGCAAGGACCCAGGUAAUGACCAUGCAGACACACACCUUCCCGAGGAAGGGGGCAAUCCCUCUCUAGGCAAUUCCUCCCCCAGUCUCUAUGAGCUAGAAGAAGCUACAGUGAAAAGAAUGGACAAAGAUGCAGAAGCAUUAAAGGCAGCCAGGGCAGAACUGUGUGAAGCGAGACGGCAGUGGCACCACAUGCAGAUGGAAAUUGAGUCUCUCCACGCUGUGGAAAAGGGUUUGGAGCGUUCAUUGCGUGCCACAGAGCAGCAGUACCAUGUGCAGCUACAACAUUUAGAAGCUGAGAUUGAAUGCUUAGAGAAAGAGCUCCUGGAAGUGAGAAGAGGGAUUGAGAAACAGCUCCAGGAACAUGAAAUUCUCCUGAACACGAGGAUGAAACUGGAGGAGGAGAUAGCAACAUACCGCAGCCUGCUUGAGCAAGAAGAGAGCAGGUUUCGUUGCUCUGUGCCCGGCAGGAAGGACGACAAACAGCCCACCACCAGUAAAAUCGCCUUUACGCUGCCUUCAGAUGGUGUAAAGAAGCGUGGAACGGAGAAGGUGGAGCUGAUGACAAAACAAGCCGUCCUCGAUGGAAAUAUUAUGAAGGAAAGUGCUGAAGCUCAUGGCACUGUACAGACAGAAAAAGUGGAUGAAGUUAUUAAAGAAUGGGAAGGUUCGUUCUUUAAGGACAACCCUCGCUUAAGGAAAAAGUCUGUCUCAUUGCGCUUUGAUCUCCACCUGGCAGCGACGGACGAAGGGUGUUUGCACACGAGAAAGAAAGCUCUUCCCGACAUCGAGGUCAGGCUGGUGAUGAGGCGAUCUUGCAGUAUUCCUUCCAUCAAACCUUAACCUACGGCAAAUUCACCCAAAGCUCUGGAAAUGAACUGUAGAUGGACUUCCAUGGCCUCCUAUCUUGCUACAACUACAAAAUCUUACUGAGUACUUUGAUUAACACAAUAAGAGCAUACAAGUCGUUCAAAAGAAAGGGGGAAGAGCGAGGGAGUCAAGGUGCCAAGAAACCUGACUUCUGCUGGUUUUAUACUCUGGGUGCAGCCCUUUAAUUUUCUCAUUCUUGCUGUUGUUUUGUAGGAUUUCACCAAAACUUAAAUGAUAACUUUAUACUUUGACAUAUUAUGCCUUUGUAAAAGAGAACUUGUUUUCUCUUUCUGGAAAUGAGAACUGCGUAUUUCAUUCUCUUAAUUAUUCGAUAUUGCCUAUACAUAAUGACUGAUGAAUCCUUGCAAUUUGUAUCACGACUGUCAUACUUCUUGAAGUGUAUUUUAAAAUAAGAACACUUUCUAACAGCAAAAGCUACAUGCAAAGAUGCUCUUAAAACACGUCAACUGUUAACAAAGAAUUUCCUUUGAAAGACGGCUGGUAUUUUUCAAUGAAUUUCUUUAGGCAACAACUGAGCAAAAGUGUCUUUCCCUUACACAUGCUCUGCAUCUAGCACACAGGUCACUAUUGUGCCAGGGUACAACUAUUGUAGCUUCCAAUUAAGUGGACAAAGUAAGGGCUACGAAUUCAAAGUAAAAUUCUACCAUACCGGUUAAAUACUCCCAACUACUCCUUAAAGUGACUAUGGGCAAAUACAAAGUACAGCAGAUGAUCUUGCAUCCGUACACAGGAAAAACAGAAAGACAAGCUCAGACGUGCUGCUUUAUAUCACCAAGAGAGAAAUUCCAACGAUUACGAGGACUUUUAAGAGGGAUGGAUGUCACCAACUCCCACUGGAACCACUGGCAUUGCAGGGGCUCGGAAUCUUGAUAAACCACGUACCGUAUUUGCUGGAUUCACAGCAGCAUGUAAAAGGUUAAUUUCAGUGUCGGUAUUUCCCUCAUUACUCACGGCAUGUGUUACAAAAACCGAUACCACAAAUUCUUUCAGUGUUAAGUUAUGCUUUUCUCUUCUGUUAACGGUAAGAACAACGCAUUUAUAUUGCCCACAGUUCUAUAUCUACUGUAUGAAGCUGGAUAAUUAUCAUUAAUCUUAAUACUGAUCUGGUGUUGUUAAUAUGUGGGUAUUUGGCCUCCUGAAUGUAUUAGCCUGCUCUAGUAUUUUCACUAUGCAGCUUUUUUUGUGCUUCUACUCGGUACAUUUUACAAUACUUGAAUUUAAACUAAGUUUUAAUCGCUUUAAGGCACUUUAAACAGGGAAAUGAAUUUACCAAAGUAAAUGAUAGUACUACAAUAAAAAGAUAUUGAAAUUGA